UAUCACUGGGGGAGAAUAUUAAGUCGCGACUGGUGAAGUAUGCCUCCCGUUACUGGCCGGCCGGAUCACGAGUGAAUGAGAACGGAUGAAUGGACGAUCCUUUCUCUCUCUCUUGACGUCGUCGUCAUCAUCGUCCAAGGGCCAUGUCUUCCAUCAGAAAGAGCUUGCUGUAGAAGAGGGGAGGGGUCGCUGGGAGGGUUUUGCUGAGCAAGAAACGGCGGCAGGCUCAUCGAUCAGACAGCAAUCGCAACCCUGCCUGCCAGCUACUGGCUCGAUUCGCGCCCAACCCCCGGCCACGGUAGCCGCGGUGGCAGCAGCAGACGACGGUUAGCGGUCCGUGGAACGCAUCGUCUUCUUUUCACGUGCUGCAUCAGGCUUGCACCAGCGAGCAACCUCGGUUUGUGUGUGUGUUUGUUUCGAGAAUUGUCCACGAUAGAAGACAAACAUUAAAAAAAAAAAAAGAGGUGUGACGAUUGCAUUGUCAAGACGCCCGACUAGUUCAGUCCUGGUACAACACUGCUUCAGGAAGGAUAAGGAGUUGCCAGAGGUGGACCAUUGCCUUAUCAUCCAGUAUUUUUCAAGCCUUGUUCAGGGCUUUAAAUGCGCUUCACGUGAUUCAGACAACGGGACCUGCUAGAAAUUUGUGUUCCCCCAGCAUACCAGGCUACACGCAAGACACGGCUUUGAAGAGAAGGCUGAAAAUUAUUGAUCAAUUCUGUUGUUACUACUGGUCGAGAUUCUUCUACUUUCAGUGUCUCGUAGAAGAGUAGACGAAUUGAGUGGCGAUUUUGCGUCCUUCUUUCUCCCUCCCGCCUCCAGUGGAGUCACCAUGAAUAUGGCUGUCUAUUUUUCCUGCGGCAAGAUGACGAAUGCCCGGUAGACAUCAUGACCACUGACUCACCUCGCCUCUGCUAGUGUUGUUUGUUAUUCCAUUCUAGUGUUGGGUGUGUCUGGCCGGUCCCUGAAUGCUGGCAUUCCCAAGCAGUCCAACUUCCACCCCGAGUCAGCUGUCCUGGUGGUCGUGGGUCAGCCGGUCUCUAGUGGAUUUAAGACUCACUCUCACCGACCUUACUACAGAAAACCCGCCCAUGACCAAGACAAUGGGGAACGUUUUCCAGGGUCAAAGUGCGAAAGAAGAUUUCAUCCGUAAGAAGGUUGAAAAUGUGAAGCUGCAGGAUCGUGUCAGCACUCGCCAGCCCUCCGUGGGGACUCUCUACCUGACGGCCACGCACCUUAUUUUUGUCGACAACGAAGGCAAGAAGGAGUCGUGGAUUCAACAUAUGCAUAUUGCACAGGUAGAAAAGCAGCCUCUGUACCCAGGUGGCUCACCCCUACAGAUACGCUGCAAGAACUUCAUGUGUGUCACUUUUGUCUUACCUCGUGAACGUGACUGCCAUGAUAUCUACACUACCUUACAGGAGUUAUCUAGACCUGGGAGCAUUGAGAAUUUGUAUGCAUUCCACUUCACUGCUACAGAGAGUUGGGAAAAAAGUUUUGGAUGGGGCAUGUUUGACAUCCAGUCAGAAUACUUACGUAUGGGUUGUCCUUCUGAGCACUGGACGCAUUCACAUCUAAACAGAAAUUAUGAACUUUGUGAUACAUAUCCCAGCCUGCUCUAUGUCCCUACAUUGGCUACCACGCCAAUGCUAGUGGGAAGCUCAAAGUUUCGAAGUCGUGGCCGCUUGCCUGUAUUAUCCUACUUACACAGGGAAAACCAGGCUGCCGUGACUCGUUGCAGUCAGCCUUUGUCGGGAUUUAGCGCACGGUGUUUGGAGGAUGAACAGUUGUUGGAUGCUGUGCUCAGAUCCAACCCAAAGUCCUCCUUCAUGUAUGUCGUGGACACAAGGCCAAAGAUCAAUGCCAUGAUCAACAAAGCACAAGGCAAGGGUUAUGAGAAUGAGAGCUGCUAUGCUAACAUGAAAUUUCAGUUCCUGGGCAUUGAGAAUAUUCACAUAAUGAGGAGCAGUCUUCAAAAGCUGGUCGAAGUUUGUGAAUUGAAAAACCCUUCUAUGAGUGGCUUCCUGUCAGGACUGGAGAACAGUGGAUUUUUAAAGCACAUUGCAGCCAUUUUGGAAACAAGUGUAUUCAUAGCCAAUGCAAUAUCUGAGGGCACCAGUGUGCUAGUUCACUGUUCUGAUGGCUGGGACAGAACAGCGCAGGUGUGCUCUCUAGCUUCCCUUCUCUUGGAUCCAUACUACCGCACCGUCCCUGGAUUUAUGGCACUUAUAGAGAAGGAAUGGUUGUCUUUUGGUCACAAGUUCACUGACAGAUGUGGUUAUCUAGACAGUGUGGAUGCCAAAGAGGUGUCUCCAGUCUUCGCUCAGUUCCUUGAUUGUGUCUGGCAACUAAUGCAGCAGUUUCCCUGCUGCUUCCAGUUUAAUGAGAGGUUUCUUCUCACAAUUUUUGACCACGCCUACUCCUGCCAGUUUGGCACUUUCAUCGGCAACUGUGAGAAGGAUCGGCUAGAUUUACGGUUAUCAGAAAGGACAUAUUCGCUAUGGGGAUACAUUCAUAGGCAUGUGCGAGAAUAUGUCAACCCCUUGUACAAGAAAGAUCACGAAGUCACCUCAGCCAUUCUGAAACCAAACAUUGCUCCACAAUCAAUAAAAUUCUGGCGUGGAAUGUACAACCGGUUUGAAAAUGGAAUCCACCCUCGUGAAAACAUCAUGGAUAUACUUGCCACAACUGUUGAUCACACACUGUCCAUGAUGGAGCAUAUUGAACAGCUUGAAAUGCGGAUCAAGCAACUUUGCAAAUUGCUGAAUAAGCCAGAGGAAGUUGUGCAGCGAAAACUACAGGGCUUCUUAUCAGUUGAGUCUUUGUCAGACAUGGCAACAGGUCCACCUGAAGAUAGCCUCAGCUGCCUGACUCUAAAUUCAAACACAACCAACUCCCUAGAGGUUGAUCUCAUGCUGAAUGGGCGUUUUCCCCAGGAGAUUGGUUUCAGUCAUGGAAGAAGUGACUCUGAAUCCGGUUUUGAUGAGUCAGGGUCACAGCUGUCAAGGUCAGGAUUUGAGGAAACCACAUGUGAAAAUAAUGUCUCCAUUACCCACUCUCCAAGUACAGAAACACUUACAGAUGACUUUUUGGACCUGGAGAUGAAGAGUGUGGCUGUUGAGUGGAAAUCAUUCCGAAGCGUCUUCACCUGUAGUUGUGCUAUUCCUUUUGACUACUAUGUUAAAAAGUUUCACUGCUGGAGGUGUGGAGAAGUCUUUUGUACACGGUGCAUUUCCACAAAUACAGGGUUGCCAGGCCACCACUCUCGAAGAGCCGUUCCAGUCUGCAAACCCUGCUUCAAAAUGUUGCGGCAUUCUCCCUCUAUUGACUUUCCUCCUAGUUGAUCCUGUGUAAAAGAAGGUUUUCUGUUUUUGCAGGAGUUUUGUUCUGUUUCAUGGACAGUCAAAAAUGAAAAAGAAAAUUUUGCAGAUGUGAUGAGAAAAAAAAAUUGUGAUGUUGUGAAUACAAGAAGUGUUUGAAAGUUUCCAGUGAACAAGCAUUGACAGACAAAUCUUUCCCAUGCUGCUUUCGUACAUGUUAUUCAUAAGACUGAGCAUGAGGUGUCUGUGAAAGUGAGUACACUUGGGAUCCCUGGUGCUGGAGCUUUUUUUUUUGUGUGAUGUGCUUUACACAGAUCACAGCCUGUAAGGAUUGUCAUGUGCCACUCGGCAUUAUUAUGCUUGAGGUAACCUAUGGUUAAGUUUUUUUAACAGAGACAAAAAUCUUUUAUAACAUCAUUCAGCUUAUCAACAUUUCAGCUUCGUUACAUAAGCUGCUUGUUUGGAAGGUCCAUUGCCCGUCUCCUCUCACAAAAUAAAAAAAUUCAUAAUCCAUACGUGAUUUUUCUUUCCCACCUUGUCUAGGCACUGAGGACUCUUCAACUUUAGUGAUUAUGUUGGUGGACCUCAAAGAUGGAUUUUCAAUAUAAACUAGUUAUUAGUUGCAGCUGUAAAUGGCUAACAUUAACAUGCAUCCAACGUUCUUAUCAUCUCCCUUGACUUGUGCGGAAUUUCAUAAGUUCAGAAUAUCUGAAGCAGCUGACAUUUUUCUCCAAUUUCUUUUUGUAUCUCUGGCAACAGUCUGCCAUUGAUGUUUGCCUGUUUGGUUGCAUUUAUCUCCCCAUUAUCAGUUUUUCAUUUGGUCAGCAAUUUAAAUAGCUAUUUUCCUGCAUAGUCCCAGUAAUUUUUGUAGACAGGAUGUAGUAACAUGUAGACUCUACACUCCAAAUAGUCUUAACAUCACUUUAUAGACGUAUUACAUCACACAUGCUAGAGGUUCAUACGGUGGCACAAAAAUUGUGGUCUUGUUUAACAUGUCCAUUUUGCAUUCCAGAUUUGAAAUGUAUAAUAGCUACUUUAGACACUUUGUUUCAAAAGCCUACAACUUAUACUAUGAGCAAAGGAGGAACAAAAUUAUUAAUAGUUUUUCAUAAUCAACCCUGGCUAGCUGUUGCAACCAUCAUUCAUUAGCAAUAUGUUACAUUAUAGAGGUUGCUGUUAUUUGCAUUCUUUACUCACAAUGUCUUCAUAUAAAGUGUCUGCGCUGGUUUCUUUAGUUUCUGUGUCAGCUUUUAUGCCAUGUCAUUACUUCUUUUAUGAUGUCAUGAAGUUCUCUAAUACAUCUAUUAAGUGAACAUACUGAAAAGUAUAUGGGAUUCAAAAUGUUCAAGUGAUUAGAUGACAGAGUAAUUGCGAGAGGAUUUACAGCCCCACUUUCUUUUGGAAGAUGGUGAAAUUUGGUGUCAUGUCAUGAUGCAUUGCAAAGAUUUUGAGUCUUGUUCAACAAUACCUGCUAAUACAGUAGAUUCUCAGUUAACCAGCAUCCAUGUGGAUUGCUAGAACCUGGAUAAAUGUAGUUUCUGGUUGCUUGAGACUUGAUAUUAAAAAUAGACCUAAUACUAUACCCCAUACUACAUCUUACCAUAACUUAAACUCUAUAUUGACUUGAUAUUUAUACGAAAAACAGUGAUUAAAAGUAAAUUAAGACAAGACAAACUUACUGUAACACAGUUUCAUUAGAAAAACUGCUUUAUGAAUGCAGUGGGCAACUUAAAUUAAAUGACAGUUAAUAAACUUUUCAACUUAAGGAACUUAACUAACAUAUUUUUUAACUCAAGUAACUUAAAAGAAAAUUGCUGUAGUAAGGCUAGAGAGUUUUGUGGGCAGACAUUGCAUUAGGAUCAUCAGUUAGAACUUACAUUUUUACUACAAAUUGAUUUUAUUUUUAUUGGAAGUAUUAUUAUUGGCCAGUUGCUUGACUUCUGAUUAAAGGAGUCUAUUGUACUUCUGCAAAGUGGAAUUCUAUCAAGAAUUGCCAUAGUGCAUCAAAGCAAACAUUCCAAAAGACCUUUUUGAUGACUUAAAAACUAAUUGAAAAAUCCCACAUACCGCUUGUAAUGCAGCAUAUUUAAUGGAGAUUUUCUUAAUGUUAUUGCAAGCCCAAUAAUGCAAAGAUUAAAAUGAGUAUAUGAGUGUAUUUUGAAUGAAAGGUGUAAUAUUACCAACAUAAACUCCUAUAAAACACACUAUCUAAAAGAGAUACUUUUUGCAGUUUAAUUGCUGAGGUGUUCUAACCAUUCAGCUAUCCGCAACCACCCCCAUUUUGUCAUUAAACCACAUUUGAAAACAUAAAAAGUUCUACUUGUAUUAACAUAUCUUUUAACUUCAGCAACAAAACAACCUUUAAUUAGUGAGAUGAAGUUUGUUAAUUAUUCUUGUGAGAAUUCUACUUUAAUUCCUUCUCCAUCAAGAGACAACUAUCAGGAAAAGGUUUUAAAACUUGCCACAGUUCUUUAUCCUCUUUCUUACCUUUCAUGGGUGUUGCAUUUUUUUUUCAUUAAAUGUUCAUUUCAGUGUAUUAAGUAGUCCGAUGAUUUGCUGUUUUUGUGAGGAAUGUUUUAAAAUAUCAGUCUAGGUGUAUUAAACAAGUAUAUGUUGUACACAGCAGUAAAUAGUGACCACAUAGUGCAAUAGAUUUAUCCUCCCAGCCAGUGAAAGGGUGAGAGAACUGUGUGUCAGGAAGUGGGUGGGCGAGUGGAGGGUGUGUGUGUGUGUACAAAAAAACACUUGUAUAAGAAAGAACAUGGGUAUGUGUAUUUACAUUAUAUUGUGCAUAUUGUUUGUAAAAAAAAAAAUCUGCUUUAUGGUUUCUUUUUCUUCAACUAGAAGUAUCAGACAUAAUAUAAGAUUUACAUUUGUAUGUGGAGUUUAUGUAUCAGUCCUUCUGUUGAUUCAUCAAAUACAUUUUUGUCUGAUAUUAGUAAACUCUAGUGUGUGUGUUAUAUAUAUAUCUGUUGUUAUAAUGAGCCCUGAGUCAUCAUUAGGGAAUAAGUUUAGAAAGAUGUGGUUGUGAAAGGUCACAGUUGUUUACAAAAGAUAAGGAAAACAUUUCUUCUGUCCUAAAAUGGUGUGUUCAAAUAGUACAUAUCUAAAAAUAAGUAUUCACUUCCUCUCAAUAAGCCAAGCUUUAAAAUAUGGUUAGAAUUAUGAAAUAAUAGCAGUUUCAAUGUUAUGGUAUACAAGCCUUUAAAUAUCUUGACUAAAGAGGAUAAAAUAACAGUAGUUUCAAUAUUAUGGUGUUAAAUGCCUUUAAGUAUAUUAGGCAAAGAGGAUAAAAUGAUUUGCUUUCUAAUAUUAGGUCUUAGGUUGAAAAAAAUAAGAAAUAACAAAAGGUGGGUUUUUCUCUGAAGGACAUUUGUAUUGAAUGCACAGCUAUGCUUCUCCUUUUGCUGGUUUUGAUUAAAAUAGAUCAGGACACAGUGCUAGAAAGAUAUUUCAGUUCAUCCACUGAAGUGCAAGGACUGCUAAGAAAAUGAGUGUAUUUUAUAGAACUUCUGUUUAUCAUUCAAGUCUUCUUAAUGUUCAGUUAAAUGUGUUUUGAUGAAACACGAAGCAGGUGUUCACUGUCCCCACCCACCACUAGUAUAUGCAUCAAACAAGAAUAUAUGCAAAAAGUAACGUUGGCUAGAAAGUAAAAACUUUUAGAUUAAAAAGAAUUUUUGUGAAGACUAUAAAUAGUGGGAAUAAUUCUGGCAUCCUACAUCAGCUUCAGUGAGUGUGCCAAUUAGUUGAUAGUGUGCUCACAUUUUUUGUUUAAAGAGUUUCAUUCUUGUGCACUAUCCAAGUCCUUUGUUUUUGAAUAUGUUUUGACAAUUGUUAAGUGUAAUCAUAAUAAAUAUGUCAGUUUAAUAUAAUACACAUUAUUUCACAUUAUUCUUUAAGAAAUUUUCCACUAUAAAGUUAUUUAGAAGCCAAAAAAAAAAAAAACAACUACUGUUGUCAAAGUGCAUCUGUUAAAAUGACUUAAUACAUUUCACAAUGAUGAGUUUCACUGUAGCUCACUGUGUCACUCAGUGCUUUCACAAUUCAAAGUGGACUCUAGCCAUAGAGAAUGUUAUUUUCCAGUAAAACCCAAUAAGAGGUGUUCAAUGAAAGUCUAUAUCACGUUCAAUAAUGCAUUCAAGAAGCAGCUUUGCUUAAAGAUAGAUGAUAUGGAAAAAUUGGUACUCUUUUUUCAUUAGUUGUUUUAUGUUAUUUGAGCUAGAGGGUUUGUAAAUACAUGCUUAAAAAUCUAAUAUUCGUAAAUGUUGAAACUGAAAAUUGUUGUCCUAAGGUACUUACUAGUUUGUGGUUAGAAUGCAAUAAAAUUUGAUGCAGGAUUCAAAAAA